GGUGCAUUUUGAAUCAUUUCAGAUACAAUACUUUAUAUUCCGUAUUUGUUUACAGUUUUGUUUUCUUUGUGUUAGUUGUACGCAGAUUGCUUGUGAGAUCCUUAUAUCAUUGGUGUCCGAGUACCGGACAUCUAAAAAACCUUUCCCAAAUCAGUUGGCUGUACAAGUGGAUUGCAAUUCAGAAGUGGAAGCAGUGUCUUUUUUUUGCUGUCUGCAGUAGACCACUGAUCAAGCGUACUAGUCACCGGGGCUCUUGAGUGAAGUGAUAAAGUCUUCUCGCCUUGCCAUAAUUCAUUAUGUCGAAAUUCACCCUUGCUUUGAUUCAAAUGAAAACGGGAUUGGAUAAAGCGGAGAACAUAUCUCGAGCUCUGCAGAUGAUAAGGACUGCCGCCACCGAACACAAAGCCAAGCUCAUCUCCUUACCAGAAUGCUUCAAUUCUCCGUAUGGGACGCAGUAUUUCGCAGACUACGCCGAGCCUAUCCCUGGGCCGACGGUGGAGGCGCUGGCCCAAGCUGCCAAAGAGCACAAAGUGUACCUGAUCGGAGGUUCCAUUCCGGAGAAGAAGGGCACCGCGUUGUAUAAUACGGCCACGGUGUUCGGACCGGACGGCAGUUUGAUGAAGACAUUCCGCAAGCUCCACUUGUUCGACAUCGACAUUCCCGGCAAAAUCACCUUCCGCGAAUCGGACAGCCUCCAGCCCGGCUCCGAGUUCUGCGUCCUUGAUACAGGCUUCUGCAAAGUCGGCGUGGCUAUCUGUUACGACAUCCGCUUUGCGGAACUGGGUUUGACCUACGGGAAACUAGGGUGCGACCUAAUCGUGUACCCUGGCGCCUUCAACAUGACCACUGGACCGGCGCAUUGGCGGCUGCUGCAGCAGGCGCGCGCUCUGGACAACCAGCUGUACAUAGCCGCCGUAUCUCCGGCGCGGGACGAGACUGCCGGUUACGUCGCCUGGGGUCACAGCUCGAUCGUGAGUCCCUGGGCCGAUGUGCUAGCGGAAGCUGACCAUACCGAGCAGAUCGUUACAGCGGAAGUCGAUCCUGCCUACGUUCAGCAAGUGCGCUCGCAGAUUCCCAUAACUAAGCAGAGGCGCCUAGAUUUGUACCGAAUGGAAUUUAAAGCAUAAAGCUGCUUGCGGGAGCGUGGCCAGAUUGUCACUCGUCCUUGUCCCGGUGCACACUAUUUCUUUUCGCCUUACAAUUAGACACUUGAGUCUGUGAUUACUGGUUUAGCUUUGUAAUGGGCUAACUCUAUCCUGUUUUGCGGGAUUCCACGUCGUUUUAAAUUUUAAUGGUGUGCAGAGGGUAGAACCGCUGCAUCGCGAUUUAAUCAUUUAGCUUGGUAAAGGCGAAACGCAGA